AUGGGGGAUAUUCAAGAAGAACCAUCAAAUAUUGUUGCUGCACCUUCUAGUCCUCAAGAUCCACAAUCUCCAUUAUCGGUUUUUUACCCUAUCAGGAAUAAUAAUAACAGAAUAAUAGAAUCUUCUACAGCGGGUCCAUCUUCGCCAGUGACUGCAGCUAAAAGAAGAUGGAAGUCUAAUAAUAGAGGAGGUCGUAAACCUGCAUCGAUAUCAAACCCCACGUUUUCAAGCUCAUCCACUUCAAAUGGAUUUGGAUUUUUUUCCGAUAACAAUGGGGCAUAUAUUCCUCACCAAAACGAAUUAGGUGAACCUUUUAUAAACUGGAAACAUCUGUACCAUCAAAGAACAAUAUUAGAAAAUAACUGGCGACAAGGUAACUAUAUUACCCGCGAAUUACCCGGACACACUGAAGGAAUUUAUUGUGUACAAUUUGACGAGAAUAAAAUAAUAAGUGGUAGCCGUGACGAUACUAUUAAAAUCUGGGACAUCAAAUCCGGCUAUUGUAUGCGAACCUAUAGUGGACAUCGUGCAUCUGUUUUGUGUCUGCAGUACGAUGAUAAUAUUAUUGUGAGCGGUAGUAGUGAUGCGACUAUUAUUGUUUGGGAUUUGGCCACCGGGGAAAAGCUACGUACUUUACGUGGACAUUCAGAAAGUGUUCUUAAUUUAAGGUUUGAUGAUAAGUAUAUUGUGAGUUGCUCGAAGGACCGUUCUGUUAGAAUAUGGCAGCGGAAUACUGGCACUUGUAUAGGUAAAUUGACCGGUCACCGAGCCGCAGUAAACGCAGUGCAGUUUCAAGAUAAUUAUGUAGUUUCCGCAUCGGGUGACCGAACCAUAAAACUAUGGUCACGAGAAACCACUCAGUGUCUUCGCACAUUUGAAGGCCAUUUGCGUGGUAUCGCCUGUAUACAAUUUGACGGCAAUAUCAUCGUGUCUGGCUCAAGCGAUAAAACCAUCAAAAUAUUUGACGUACACACGGGCGUCUGUCUAAAAACCCUUAAAGGUCAUACGGAUCUCGUAAGAACUUUGCAGUUCGAUGGAAAUCGUAUCGUCAGUGGAAGCUAUGAUGAGACGUUACGUGUCUGGGAUUUGCGAACGGGUGAGAUGGUGAAAAAUUUGAGGGAUGGGCAUACUAGUCGUGUCUUCAAACUACAGUUUAAUGAUUCAAAGAUAGUCAGUUGUUCUCAAGAUCAAAAAAUUAUUGUAUGGGAUUUCGCAUAUAACGUAGAUAAAACUUUUCUUGUCUAG